AUGCCUCUGACGUACCUUGCUAGGCGAAUCACAGGUGCCAUCUCAUCCCUCUUCCAAACAACCCUUCGAGAACCGUCCCUCCGGUUCCUGGUGAGUCUUUCUCUGCAGCUGCGGACAGACCUCCUCCUCUCAGCCAACGGCCCCACGCAAGGCAGCUUCUCGCAGGGAGGCCGGGAGGGCCGAGGUCCUAAUGGGUUUCCGAGGCUAAUGGCCCAGGCCGGGUCCCGGGAGGUUCCCGGCCUCCAAAUUACCCCUGCCCUCCCCGCGGGGCGGGUGUCUGAGAGUCCGCGGUGGCCGUCCCGUCUGCCCGUGGGGCCCACGGCCAUGGCAGCCCCGGGUGUAUCCAGGCAGCACACAGCUGCUGAAGGCCUUGGCCGCAACCAGAAAGCUGUCAAGUACCGGGGCCAGGACUUCGAGACCCUGAGGCGGCAGUGCCUGGACUCCGGGAUCCUAUUUAAGGACCCCGAGUUCCCAGUGUGUCCCUCAGCUUUGGGCUUCAAGGCUCUCGGGCCACGCUCCCCCGAAACUCAAGGCAUCGUCUGGAAGCGGCCCACGGAAUUGUGCCCCAGCCCCCAGUUUAUCCUCGGCGGAGCCACACGCACUGACAUUCGGCAGGGCGGUCUGGGUGACUGCUGGCUCCUGGCGGCCAUCGCCUCCCUGACCCUGAACGAAGAGCUGCUUUACCGGGUGGUCCCCCGGGACCAGAGCUUCCAGAAGGACUACGCGGGCAUCUUCCACUUUCAGUUCUGGCAGUGCGGACGGUGGGUGGAGGUGGUCGUGGACGACAGGCUGCCCACCAGGGACGGGCGGCUGCUCUUCCUGCGCUCCGAGGAGGGCAGCGAGUUCUGGAGUGCGCUGCUGGAGAAGGCCUGCGCCAAGCUCAACGGCUCCUAUGAGGCUCUGGCCGGAGGGUCCACGGUGGAGGGGUUUGAGGACUUCACGGGGGGCAUCUCCCAGUUUUACGACCUGAAGAAGCCGCCAGCCGGCCUGUACCAGAUCGUGCGCAAGGCCCUGCGGGCGGGGUCGCUGCUGGGCUGCUCCAUCGACGUCUCCGGUGCGGCUGAAGCAGAAGCCAUCACCAGCGAGAACCUGGUUAAGGGCCACGCGUACUCGGUCACGGGAGUGGAAGAGGUGGAUCUCCGCGGCCGCCCGGAGAAGCUGAUCCGACUCAGGAACCCCUGGGGUGAAGUGGAGUGGUCGGGAGCCUGGAGUGACAAUGCCCCGGAGUGGAAUGACAUAGACCCCAGGAAGAAGGAGGAGCUGGACGAGCAAGCCGAGGACGGAGAGUUCUGGAUGUCGUUUUCGGAUUUCUUAAAGCAGUUCUCUCGGCUGGAGAUCUGCAACCUGUCCCCGGACUCUCUGAGCAGCGAGGAGGUGCGCAAGUGGAACCUGGUCCUGUUCAACGGCCGCUGGACCCGGGGCUCCACCGCCGGCGGCUGCCAGAACCACCCAGCCACUUACUGGACCAACCCCCAGUUCAAGCUCCAUUUGGACGAGGCGGAUGAAGACCAGGAGGACGGCGGCAGCGGUGAGCCCUGCUGCCCGGUGCUGCUGGGCCUCAUGCAGAAGAAUCGCGGGCGGCAGAAGAGGAUGGGCCAGGGCACGCUUAGCAUCGGCUACGCCGUCUACCAGGUACCGUGGGCUGGGUUCAUCCUUUACUGUGUGCUUCAUGUCUUUGGGCUGAAUACCCUGGCCAGUAAUCAGAGUGGAUCUUCCCUAUUGCUGGAUUAUUGCUGCUCAAGCGUUGUCCUUGCUCCCCCAAAUACCUCUCCCAAUGGCCGUCCUGAGGCCUGA